UAUCCAAAGUAGCGAGGGGCUCCCAGUUCAGAGAAAAACAUCAUGGCUUCUUUUCUUCUCUGCUCCAAUCCCCUCUCCACCUCUCUCCAUUCAUUUCCCUUUUCUCCGCCGCCGUCGCCGUCGCCGUCAUGUUUUCCAGCGACUUCUGCCGCCCCCAGUCCUAUGUUGCUCAUGAAACCUAUCGGAUUUCAGCCAAAACACUUCAAUGGAGUUCGACUUGGAAAGCCCUCUUUUGUUGAAAACAUGGCGUCGUUAAUUGUCAAAGCUGCAUCUGAGAUUGAUGCUAUGGGUGAUACUGACAGUAGUGAAUCGCAGCCCCCUGCAGAAGCUAAAAAGGAGGAUGUUCCGGUUGAUAAACUUCCAUUAGAAUCAAAGUUGCAAGAGAGGCUGGAGCAGAAGGCAAGGAUGAAGUUAGCAAAAAAGAUUAGGCUACGGAGGAAGCGGCUUGUUCAGAAGCGCCAUUUGAGGAAGAAGGGACGAUGGCCUCCAUCAAAGAUGAAGAAGCUGAAGAAUGUUUGAUAGCCUUUAGCUCCUUCAAUUCAAUUCUUGCAGAUUUAGAGGCACGUCGAGAUGAAUGCUCGGAUCGAGGGUGGAGUUUGAGCUCGACUUGUCUGUCUUAUUUUGUCAGUGACUGGUUGAAUAGAUGAAAGCUAAGGGAACUUUACACUUCAACAAACAAAGAGUUUCUGGCUUUUGAUGCAGAUGGACUAGUGAGUGGAUUUUAUUUUCUGCAUUUUUGAAUAGUAUGUCGGGACAGGAAGUAUCUGCAUUUACAUGCUUUGUGGAAAAGGAUGGGACUCAUGAUAGCAAAUCAGUUUUGAAUAUCUUGUUGUAUAGGAUUUAGAGCUCCUUUGCAUUUCUGCUCUAAGCUUUGUCCUUUGAAUGUGUUUGAGAACUUGAACCCCUCAACAGAUGGGUAGUUCUUAGAGUUUAAUAUAACUUAUAACCCACUAAAA